CGCCGAGUUCGCGUUCGUCCGUCGCACAAAAAAUCCCGAUCUCGCCGAUGUUAUCGACUUCGCAAUCCCUCGCCGUCCCCAGAUCCUCCCUCUUCCUACUUCCCCCCUCCGCUCGUCGCCGGCUUCCCGUCCGCGCCGCCGUUUCGGUGCCCCCGGCUUCACCCUCCGCCCCCGACACGCUGUACGACGUGCUCGGCGUCGCCGCCGCCGCAUCGGGGCUCGAGAUCAAGGCGGCUUACCGGAGGCUCGCCCGCGCGUGCCACCCGGACGCGGUGGUCGCGGCGGACAGGAAGACCGCGUCGGCCGACGAGUUCAUGCGGAUCCACGCGGCCUACGAGACGCUCUCCGACCCGGAGAAGCGCGCCGAGUAUGAUCGAGGGGUCGUCGUCGCCGAUCGGAGAUGGAGGCCGUUCCAUUCCUCCCGAUCGUCGUAUUCCUUCUACGCCGGCCGACGCCAGCCGCGGACGUGGGAGACGGACCAGUGCUGGUAACUAACAAGAUGCAUCAAAGGUGUUCGAUUAAAUGCCGAUCUCAAAUUUUCCACCCCCAAUUGGUUUAUUGCUGUUCUUUGUACAUGUUCACAGAUGGAAUAAUCUUUGAUCUCGCCAAACAACCUCUUCCUUUUUUCCGAUUUCAAUUUUGUUUUCCCUUUUCCUUAGGCAAUCGUAUUAAUCUAAGAUUACAAUCAAAACUAAAGAAAACCUUUGACUUCA